AUGGUGUUUUUCGCACACGCAGCCUUCUCGUGGGCUCGAGGGGCGCUCUCCAAAGCUUUGAGCAGGCCUGAGCACACAACAUGGCUGAGCCUCCCUUAUUGGGACACGCCGGAGCGCAGUGCCCAGGCUGCGUCUUUCUGCUCUCGGUAUCUUUGGGCAGGCGCCGUCGUUUAUCUGGCAACUUUGGUUCUGCUUCCUCGUCUGUUCACGUACUCGAAAAAAAAGGGAACUGAACCUGCAGGACGCUGGGAGCAUGUCGCUGAAGUCCAGAGACCGGCCGAGGUGAGGGCGGCUUCUACGAGGCCUUCACUGAUCCUGAUGCUCUGGAACGCCGUCUCCGGUUUUCUCGCCUUUACAGCAUGCGCAGCCCUGAUCGAAGACGACGCGUCGCUGCCUCUGUCGCCGCUGUUCCGUUUGGGAUCGAGUUACACCCCCAAGACUCGCGCAGUUCUUUCCCUCGUUGCGCCGGUCUCCUCCGUCCUCUUCUUCGUCGACACGUUUCUGAACCUCGCUCUCGAAGGCCGCUGUAACGUCACCUUCGCUCACGUCCUGGGUCACGUGUAUCCGCCCCUCUUUCUCAAUUUCUGCGUGGCCAAGGGCCUCCCUUGCGUACACACUCUGGUGCUCUUGCAUCUUGCUGGCGUCGCCCUGUCUAAGUCCCUGACCUGCGCGUCCUCUGGGGCCUUCUUCUGCGCCUCGUGGCUCCGCAGAAGCCGCGGGGACAGUCCCUGGCCCUGCCCGCGGACGGGCGCGUUGGGCAAGAGCGGCGGUCGCACAGAGAAGCGGACCCAGGACACCGGAGGCGGGAACCAGCCGAAUGAGGAGGGUCAGGGACAAAGCGGUGCGAAUGCCGACUGCGCCAGCUGGGAAGCACGAAACACACGCGACUCAGGAAGCGACGGGGGCUUCUGCCGGGCGGCGAUUCUGAAGUCCCUGCACCUGCUUCACGUCCUGCAGCCAUGGGCGACUGCUGGUCUCUGUCUCGGGUCGCUGUACGACCCCGCCACGAAUCUCCUUCCCGGCGCUGCCGCGAUGUCGACGGCGUGCAAGUGGGGCAUUUUUACGGAGAUUUUGCUUUCGUACUACACCCUGAGCAUCUACAUCGGGCGCUACCACAAGGAGCUCCGAGCGUUCAUGUUCACCUUCUUGACCUACUUCCACGUUUUCGCCUUCAUCGGCGUGUUGCUCAUGCUGAGUCACCCGUGCGCCUGGCGGCUGUUCUUCGAGGUCACGGCUUUUUACAUGAUUGGCGGAUUCGGCAUCACAUGCGGUGCGCAUCGUCUCUGGGCGCAUCGCGCCUACAAGGCUUCGCUCCCAUGGCGAGUGUUCCUCCUGAUUUUGAACUCCUUCGCAAAUCAGGGCUCCAUUUACCACUGGUCCCGCGAUCACCGCGUGCAUCACAAGAACUCCGACACUGAGGGAGAUCCGUACAACGCGACGCGCGGCUUCUUCUACUCGCACAUGGGCUGGCUGCUUUACAAGAAACCAGACUCGGUGUUCAUCGCCGGCAAAGACAUCGACUGCAGCGAUCUCUUGGAGGAUCCGUGCGUAGCGCUGCAGAAGAAACUCGAUCCGUGGUGGAAUCAGUUCUUCUGCUUCGUCGUGCCCGGCUUCUACGGCUACUUCGUCUACGGCAGCUUCUGGCUCGGAUUCUUCGCCCACGGGGCGCUGCGGUGGUGCUUGACCCUGCAUGCGACGUGGACGGUGAACAGCGUGGCGCACUUUUGGGGCGACCGGCCGUAUGCGCCGAAGACCCGCCCCAGCGAGUCGAUUUUCACCUCCUUCGUCGCGGUCGGCGAGGGGUGGCACAACUGGCACCACCUCUACCCCUUCGAUUACGCAGCCGCCGAGGGCGGCGUCUUCGAGAACUACAAUCCCUCGAAGCUCCUGAUUGACGCCGGCGCCGCUCUCGGCUUGGUCUGGGGACGCCGCCGAGCGACGGGCGCUUGGCAGCGCACGAAAGAAAAGCGCGAUGAGAUGCAGAGACAGGAGGAGCAAGCGCUUCUAGAGCGCACCGGCACCGACAAACAAAUCAUCUUCAUGGAGUCGAUUAAGCAAAUGUUCCCGAGCCGCGUCUACCGCAUUCACACAGCGGCCAACAUCGCCCUCUUGCUUCGCGACUUGCUGCUUCUGGGCGCCCUGUCGUUCGUUUUCUACCGGUUCCUCUUCGUGAGGCAGCUGCUCGCGGUGCUCGCCUCGCCGGCGUCGCCAGCGGCGUCGUUCCCCCUGCGCGCGGCGCAGCUGUCGCUCUUCCUCGCGCUGGGCGUGGUCUUCGCGGCCGCGGCAGGCACCGUCUGGUUCGCCCUCUUCGUGCACUCGACUGAGGCCGCGAACGGCAAGUUCUCCUCUUCGCCGCUGCUGAAUCACGCAGUCGGCGCGGGCCUCCAGGCGGCGAUGCUCGUCCCCUAUAAGCCCCGGCGCGCGGGUCAGCCCUACGAAGUUCCGUCCAUCCGACCUUGCCUCUACGAUAGCUGUUUCCGCAUUGCGCACCUGGCGGGAGCGAACUGUUGGCAGACGAGUUUCUUCGCGUGCGUAGGGGUUUUUUCGACGCUCCUUUUCCUCGCCUUCUCGCGCGGCGCUCUCCCGCACGUCCUCUUCUUCUACGUUGGACCGUACCUCGUCGCGAACGCCUGGAUGGCGUUCUACUACGGCACCCUCGAGGCCGGAGGGCCGCACGACGUGACAAAUGAAGAGAACUCGGUGAACUUCAGCUUCGCGGCACCAGCGGCGCUGCCCUGGAUGUGCCGCGUCCACGAGGCGCGGCUCAAGACGCGCAGCGAAAAAGGAAAGGGCCGAUUCUACAGAUUCAUCGAUCGCCUGCAUCACCAACUCCCUGAGAGACACCUCCUCCAGGCCCUCACAUUCGACGUGUCUCGUCAAGGAACCGACGAGGCCUCUCGAAUCCUCCACCAGCGCCUGACAACUGCCCCCGCUUUCUCGCAAGAGGACGACGCGCGCGCAACAAAGGCGGCGCCGGCCUCGGCGCUUGGAGAAGAAUUCGCAUUCGGCGGCGGAAAAGGAGAGACGGGGAGCUCCCGCGCGCCGAAAAACGGCAAACGCCCCGAGAGCCUCGCCCCGAGCGAGGAGUGGAAGCGCCGAGAAGCUGCUGCAGCGGCUCGGGCGUGUGGCUGUUGA